AACGCAGCGGCCGGUAGAGAAGAAUAGGUGAAUCAAUGAUGAACUAGAGACGGAUACAUGCAAUAAUGGAAUAUCUACAGUCCCACACCAUCACAAACUAAAUCGCCACCCCCAAAACCACACCCGACAAAGCAUCGAAAACCCCCCCAUUUCUCAACAGCAAUGCCACAACAAAGAACCUGACACGUACGUACGAGCGUAGGUAGUAUACAUCUAGAUCACAAAAUCCGGAGCGAUCUGAGGAACGCUCGCGCUCCUCCAUGGAUCCGUCAAUGGCGGAGGGAUCCGGAGAGGAGGCCGACGGCGGCGGCGAGGAGAGCGACGACGAGCGGAGGAGCGACGGAUCCGGCGCCGGAGGUGGGGCUGGGCGAGGGAGCGUCGGCCGCGUAGGAGCCGCUGGCGAGAAGAGCGACGGCGACGGAGCAGAUCGCGAGGGAUCUGGAUCGGAAGGAAGCCAUGUCUCCGCGGCGAGAUCUGAAGCGAGGGUUUUGGGGAUUUGGUGGAAGAGGGUGGUUUAUAGUGGGCGAGGAGACAGGCAGCUGGCAGUAGGGCCGACGACAACUGUCAAAGGUGAAACGUCGCUUUACCCGGUUAAGGAUCAUCUGAUGACCUAUUUGCAAGCUGCUCUUCACUACCAAGGCUAGUGUUCACAUUGGUCCUUGAAGCUCUAAAUUUCGUCCUGAAAGCAUCUGUAUGCAAAAUUUCACUUGUUCUUUCCUCAGUCGUGACUUCAAUACUUGUUGAAAAUUCAGAUGUACUGAUGGUAAUUUCUUCAUCAUUGAGAGAAAUAUCAUCUGAAUCCA